AUGGCUAGCAACAACACUGCUAGCAUAGCACAAGCCCGCAAGCUGGUGGAGCAGCUGAAGAUGGAGGCCAACAUCGACAGGAUAAAGGUGUCCAAAGCAGCAGCAGACCUGAUGGCGUACUGUGAAGCCCACGCCAAGGAGGAUCCUCUAUUGACCCCCGUCCCGGCCUCAGAAAACCCCUUUAGAGAGAAGAAGUUCUUCUGUGUGAUCCUGUAAACCCUGGAGGAGCCUGACGGGCACUCAGGCCACCCUGAACACUGAUGUAGAGUUUUUAGGAAUGGGGACGACCUGCUGGUCCGCAGAAUUUAAACAAAAAUAAGUUAAAAAAAAAAAAACAAAACAAAACAAAAAAACCCACAGCCUGGAAGCUACAGAGAUGUGCAUGUUUAAAGAACCUGGCCACCUUUGGGGGAAUCAGAUGAUCUGCAUUGCGAGGCAAAAGAUCUGAAGUCUGUAGAGUUGCCUAGAAAGAGGAAAAAAAAAAAAAGAACAAAAAACAAACAUGUAAAGAAUAAAUCUGUGUCACUUUUCUGCUCACAAAAUUGUUUGAUUGUUCCA